AUGGCUACAGCAUACGGAAUUCAUGUAGGUAAUAGUUCUGGUUGUUUGGCUGCAUUUGCAAAUGGUACACCUACAGUUAUAGCUAACGAUGCAGGAGAUAGGGUGACACCAGCCAUUGUUGCACUGAACGGUUCAGAAUGGGAAAUCGGAUUGCCGGCAAAAUCAGGGCAGCCCUCAUCUAAAGCCAUUAUAAAACACAAUAAGCGUCUUAUGAAUUGUGAUUUUACAGAAGAUGACCUUUUAUAUGUAGAAGCCUCAUCUUCAUGUCGUAUACAAAACGAAGAAAACUUAGUUUAUGAAUUUGAAACUAGUGAAACCACUCUCUAUUCCAGUCCUGACAAAAUUGCAACAAAAAUGUACGCAAAACUUUUCACUAUUGCUAGUCAUUCUGUUGGAAAUGAUGGUGACUUAAAGUUAGUUUUAGCAGCACCAUUGCAUUGGUCAAGUACUAGUCGUGAAAGACUUGUCAAAUGUGCUGAAUUAGCAGGAUUUGAUGUUCUGCAGGUUAUUAGUGAACCUGCAGCUGCACUGCUGGCAUAUAAUAUUGAAGAUACAACUGAGGACAUAAAUGUAUUAGUGUACAGAUUGGGAGGAUCCACUUGUGAUGCUUCAAUAGUUAAAGUAUCAGGAGGAUUUAUGACUGUAGAGAAAAAUAUAUUCCGUUCAGAUUUAGGUGGACAGUGUUUGACUAAAGACCUUGCAGAAUACAUUGCACAGGAAUUUAGGCAAAAAUGGAAGUUGGAUCCACAUGAAAGUCGCAGAGCUAUGGCUAAAUUAUUACACCAUGCUGACAAUUGCAAACAUGUCUUAUCUACUCUAAACUCAGCACAUGUGUUCAUUGAAUCCCUCCUAGAUGGUGUAGAUUGGAGCCAGAAUGUAACAAGAGCAAGAUUUGAAAACAUCAUUUCUUCGAAAAUACCAGCAUAUAUUGAACCAGCACAAAAAGCAGUGGAAAGUUUUGAAGGAAAGAUAUCUAAAAUCGUCCUCUGUGGUGGAAGUAUGAAAAUACCAAAAUUACAGUCUGCAAUUGCUAAUUUGUUGCCAGAAGCUGAAGUUUUAUCAGGAAUUAGUCCUGAUGAAGUUAUUGCUGUUGGUUGUGCUCGUGAAGCAGGUUUAUUACUUGACAUGCCUGAAUCUAGUUUUACUGAUAUUAAUACUGAAAUAGAGUUUUUAGGAAAAGAUAUUUAUAUGAAAUACUUAGAUCAAACAUUUAAAUUGUUUAAACAAGGAACUCCACCAUUUUCCCAAAAUAUUUGUACUGUAGAAACUGACCAAGAUGUUAAGGAUAUAAGCUUCACUUUGCAUGAAAACCCUAACAGUGAAGAAUUUGCUGUAGAGUCCUUCAAUGUAGAGAAUUUAAGCAAACCAUUUACUCUAAAAGCUACAUUACAGAACUCAAGAAUUUCUUUACAACUUGAGGAACAAAAAUGUUAA